GCUCCUUAAACGGGAUUCCGGCUGGGCGAGCCGCCGGACGGCAUCACCGGGCAUCCCGCGGCGCGGAGCCCCGGAGGCUCUGGCAGGUCCCCGCUGUCCCUCCCCGCACACACACGCUCAGCCCGGCCCGGAAAGCAGGAAAAAAAUAAUUUACAAGGUUUCCCCCUUUCCCUGACCUCCUCGCCCGUGACUCUCGAGUGGAAAAAAAUCGCCCGCGGCGGCGAAGAGGGGGGGAGGUUGUUAAAAACCCGGGCAAGGGGCAGAGCCGCUCCGUGGGGAGGGCACCCCCAGGCAGCCCCCGCCACCCCGGGGAGGGGGGGAUGAGGUAGAGGCCGGCGGCGGAGCGCCCGCCGGGCGCCGUGGCCGCGGAGGGCAUGAGGCGGCGAGCGGCGGGGAUGGGCUCCAGAGCGCGGUGUUAGAGCCCGGCAGCAGCCGAGGUCUGAGAGGACAGUAGCCUGUGCGAUACGGCGGGAUCUGGUUUUCAAAAUGGAAUUGCAGCUGGCGCUCCUUUUCGCAGGGAUAAUUGCAUUUUCGGACUCGGCGAGAGGCCCGCCGAGGAUCGCCGACAAAGUGAUCCACCGCCAGUCCGUGAGGCUGGGCAGGACCAUCAAGCUCCUGUGCCCCGUGGAGGGCGACCCCCCGCCCCUCACCAUGUGGAUGAAGGACGGACGGACCAUCCACAGCGGCUGGACGAGGUUCCGGAUCCUCCAGCAGGGGCUGAAGAUCAAGGAGGUGGAGAGCGAAGACGCGGGGACCUACAUCUGCAAAGCCACCAACGGCUUCGGCAGCACCAACGUGAACUACACCCUCAUCGUCAUCGAUGAUGCCAGCUCAGGAAAGGACAGCCAGGUGCCUGAAGGCUCCAACGGAGAGUACGAGGAUCAUUCUGGGAAGCAGUGGGCCCGGCCCAGGUUCACGCAGCCUGCCAAGAUGAGACGCAGAGUGAUCGCGCGCCCCGUCGGCAGCUCCGUCCGCCUCAAGUGCGUGGCCAGCGGCAACCCCAGGCCCGACAUCACCUGGCUGAAGGACAACAAGCCCCUCACCCCCCAGGAGAUCGGGGAGAACAAGAAGAAGAAGUGGACGUUGAACCUGAAGAACCUGAAGCCGGAGGACAGCGGGAAGUACACCUGCCGGGUGUUUAACAGAGUUGGGGAAAUCAACGCGACGUACAAAGUUGAAGUGAUCCAGAGGACGAGGUCCAAGCCCAUCCUGACAGGGACACACCCCGUCAACACCACGGUGGACUACGGCGGGACCACGUCCUUCCAGUGCAAGGUCCGCAGCGACGUCAAGCCCGUCAUCCAGUGGCUGAAGAGGGUGGAAUAUGGCACAGAGAGCAAGUACAACUCCACCAUCGAUGUCGGGGGGCAGAAGUUUGUGGUGCUGCCCACAGGGGAGGUCUGGUCCCGCCCAGACGGCUCUUACCUGAACAAACUGAUGAUUACCCGAGCCAAGGAGGAGGAUGCAGGGAUGUACAUCUGCCUCGGGGCAAACACCAUGGGCUACAGCUUCCGCAGUGCUUUUCUCACAGUCCUGCCAGAUCCCAAACCUCCCAGCGCCCCUGUGCCCCCUUCCUCAGCCAGCAGCCUGCCCUGGCCCGUGAUCAUCGGCAUCCCCGCCGGCGCCGUCUUCAUCUUCGGGACCAUCCUGCUGUGGCUGUGCCAGUCCAAGAAGAAGCCGUGCUCGCCGCCGGCCGCCGCCGCGCACCGCCCGCAGCCCCGCGACAGGGCCUGCGUGUCCCAGCUGCCCGACAAGGACUGCAUCUCCUCCAUCAACUACGAGGAGUACGUGGCCCAGCAGCAGCAUUUACUGUCCCAGGGCCCCGCCCUGGCCCCUGGCGUGGCCUCCAAAAUGUACCCAAAGAUUUACACGGACAUCCACACCCACACCCACUCGCACGUGGAGGGCAAGGUCCACCAGCACCAGCACAUCCAGUACCAGUGCUGAGGGUGGGCCCCGUGGGCUCCUUUGGGCUUCUCCUCCUGGUACCUCAGCAGAGACUGCUCCAGGUCAGCUCGCACUGCCAAGCAUCAGGCCAAGCAGACAGAAAAGGUUAUAUAUGUAAUUUUAAAUAUAUAUAUAUACAUAUAUAUAUAAUUGUAUAUGCGUGUGUGUAUGUGUGUAUAUAUAUAUGUGUAUAUAUCUAUAUCUAUCUAUAUAAAUAUAUAUAUAAUAGAGAAAGACAGAGAGAGAAAAGAGAUUUUUUCUUUUUUUUAAUUAUUGCAAUCAGGAUGUAGCCGAGGAAUAAUGAAGGAGCUCCAAUUCACAGCAGAGAGGCAGCUGUCUCCAGCAGCAGAGCCUUCCUGGACAUUUUAAUCCAAGUGGCAACAAGUGAGAUGGGACGCAGGGAUGUGAACAACCACCUCCUUCCUUGUGUUACUGAAAGGAGCAGGUAGAGCAAGAGGUGUGUGUGGUACUCUUCUGGACAGGCCUGGAUGCCUGCUGGACAUCACUGGUUUUGGUGGGAAGCCCCAGACCUGUCCUGCUCUGAGUGACUCAAGCUCCAAUGUACUUGUGGUUUAGUGCCAAAGCACCAGGAGACGUAACCCGUUCAUCUCUUCCAGGGAAAGAAAAUAACACAAAGGGCCUGGAUAAACCAAUUCCUGUUCACAGGGUGAAAUGCCACGUGUUUCUCAGUCGUGGUCAGCACAAUCAGCUGACCAAGCUGCUUGGUUCAGUCUCAGCAAGGUGAAGGCAUCUUGUUUCCCAUGGGAUAUUCUGCAGAUCAGCUCCGCUCCCCUGGUCCUAGGACUCAGUGCCACUGCCACGAAAAAGGAAAGAAGGAAAGAGGAACAUUGUACAGAACACCUUUAUAUUUAUAUUUAAGAAAUAAUAAUAAAUAAUAAUAAUAAUUGAACUGCUGAUGGUGAAGAAAGCAAAACACACUGUCCUUCUCUGAUGGCUUAGAGUGACAAGCUACUGGAUUUUCUGCAUCAAUGCAAAAUACAUGAAAGCAUUAGAAAAAAUAGCUGGGAGCAAAGAGAGUGAAAUAAUCUUGUAGGAAAAAAUUGCAUUUGAGAAAUAUCCACCUAGGUUGUGUGUGGUUGUCCCCUCCCCUCAGAUAUCACUUCGUAAGUGAUAAAACAUUGCAGUUCAAAGAACCGUAAAAACAGAAAGAAGAGAAAAUAAAUAAGGACCAUAUUAAAUACCUAUAUGGACUGGGAAUGAAUCCAAUUGCAAAAUAUAAAACCUUUGUAAUUCUAUAUAGAGUUUAAACAGAAGUCAUGUAUAUUUAAUUUAUUUUGUUAAACAAGAAAAAAAAAUGUAUGAUAUUUUCCUCGAAACAGGCAUUUCUAUAUGUAUUUUUGAUCAAAGAAAAUAAAGAUUUUUUUUUUCAGGUUCUGUAGAUGCCAUGCUCAGAACACACUUGAUGUAGCUUGUGACCAACUGUGCUUCUCCUAACCUGGAGGCCACCUGUCCCUGUGGCUUUUCACACUAGCCAGGUGUCACCUGCUGUCACCUCAGGUGCUGCUGGUGCCAUCCUGUCCCUCAGAAAUGGACCUUUUCCACUGUCUGUAUUCUGACUGUGGGGGUCUGCAGCAGCCAGAUCACUUCUCAUGGACCUCAGCCGUCUUCAGUAGCAGAGUUCUUCCCUUACAGGGAAAGCUGUUUCACUGUGCAUUUCUUGGGAGGAUGUGGGGAGGAUAAUUCAUUAGUUUUUUAAGCCCAGACCUGCAGUGGUUUGUUGGUUUGGGGGGAUUGUUUGUUUGUUUGUUUGGAUAUUUUAAAGAAAAUUUUGUCAAUCAAACCAUAAUAAUUUGUGAGGCUGUAAAAGGAACUUUGGCCUCAGGGUGCUUGGGAGGGGAAAUGAUGAAAUGUAGGUGAAACACUUAAUUUGUAACUGCAGCUGCUUUAGGAGCCAGGGGAGGGUGAGCUGGGGACAGUGAGAACCCAGGGCUGCUCCCCUUCAGGGGGUCUUGAACCUUCCUUCUGCUGCACACCACAGAGAGGCACCCAGCUCUUCAGGGGCCAAAAUUUUCUUUGGAGAAGUCAGGUUAAGCAAUGAUGCAACUGUUUCUCUUCUUUUCAUUUCGAGUUUGAUGGUUAAAAAAAAAAAUUUGAAACAUGCUAAUUUUUAAGUUUGGAAUUACUUCCUUCUCAAGCCUGUUCCAUGAAAGAGAUCCUCACCAAACCAGCUGCUCCAUUUAGAAGUGAAACACUUUAUUGAAUCUGAAACAAAGCUGUGCUUUUUAGGCUUUGCUUUUCUCUGAACAUUUCUGGAGGUAUUUGCUCUGUGUUGACCCGCAGUGAUUUUUUCUGGUGGUUUGUUUGAAUCACCAGCAAACCAAACAGUUCCCUGUUUGCUCAGCCGUGGUGCUGCGAGAUGGGGCCCCGAGUCAGUGAAACACGUCAGCUCCUGCUUUCCUCACCAAGACAUCCUGCUCCAAAAGUCCCUUUCUUGCCUUAGGAGUGGGUUAUCUGUGCAAUAACCCCUAGAGGAAGACCACCCUUCAGGUUGGUCCUCCUGUAGAGGUUGUAAUAAAGCAACCCAUUGAUAACCAGUAUUUUUCAGCAGGAGGGUUCAACACAAAUUUAUGAAAUCCCUAAAACUCAGAUUAAAGAUAUCUUUAUAUGCAUCCUCUCAGCUUCAGGGAGAGCUGAGAAGAGCUUAAGUGUGAGCACUGAUAUAAGGCAUGAUUGGCAGGAGUUCUUAAUGGCUGUAGCAUACCAAGUUGUUUCAUUAAAAAAAAAUAAAUUUAAAAAGCCUCUAUACUCUAAGGGCAUUGCCUUCAUUUCAAGGAGACAGUAAAUUCACAUUUCCAUGAGAGAUACUAAAGUCUACAUCUCAUAUCUUGUGCCUGUGGGAAGCUCCUUACUACACUGUAGUGUGUCCCAGACUCCUGCACAUUCCAGCAGCAUCAGGGGCAUGGCAAAGGGCAGGAUUCCCCUGUAAGCCCGUGGUCUUGCUCUGUGAGCAGUACUGAUACCAGCUUCAGAGGUGAGCACUGGGUUUGUGGGGUUCAGCUCUAAGGAAACCCUGAGAGAUUUUCCAGCAGCACCAGUUCAAGUGGCAGCUCUGUCUCAGAGGGUUAAUGGGUUAAGAGAAGCACUCCUGCAUUUCCCAUCCAGCACAGGAUUCCAGGCUGUGCCUUGCACUCUCCACCAGUGCCUUCUGCCCUUUGUGACCCAUCUCCACAGAGCUGUGUCAUGCAGGCAAAAACUUUACAUUUUGUCAGAUGGCUCAAGUGGAAGGAGAGGCUUCUUCCUGCCCUUCAAAGCUCCUGAAUCAAAGAUAAAACUCUAGUGCUGCUGACAGAGCUCUCCAAAGGCAAAUGUUGCAUUAAACUGCCCAGCAUGGACAAUUCAUCAGCCCAGGGCAACUGCAGCUCUCAGGUGUGGCACUGAGAAUGCAGCUCUGGUUUUGGAUGCAUCAUGAGAAAUGUUAUAAAGGUCUUGAUUUGCAGAAAGCAUGGAGAUUUCAUCCUGCCCUGGGUAUCUGCUCCAUCCUGACCACCAAAAAUGGUGUGAAAUUUCCCCCCAGGGAAAUACCAUCACAUGCCCUGUUUAGGAGGGGUUGUGUUUUUUGUCUGGGCCUUGUGCUGGCUUGCUAUGCCUGGGUGAGUUUCACAUUUUUGAGGAAUUAUUUUUCCUUCACAAAAUAUCUCUAAGACCUUUUCUGAGUCACUCUGUCCCAAGCCCUACUGCAUGCCAUUGAAUUUUAGGGCUUGAUUGUGCCUUGCAUAUAUUGCAAAAUAGUUUAAAUAAAUUCAACCAGGUCAUGCUUGUGUAUGGAUGUCUUUUUUAUUCAGUGGGAAAAGAUUUGGAUGCAUCUUCAUGCCUAAAUAGAGGGUGUUCAAAGAAAACCAUUGUCUUGUUUGUGGUAACUGAUCCUAUGUUGAACACAGCAGAUUUUUUAUUUUAUGUAUUUGUAUACAUAUAGGCAUACAGAUGUACAUGCCAGACUGUGAUACAGAAGGCUGUUGUACUUUUAAAACCAUGGAGCUUCAAAGAUCAAAGGAAUUUUAGGCUUGAACCUCACUAUCUUUGUUAAUUUUAUUUGCAUUACAGAUCAAACAUGGCUUUACCUACCAGUUUGUGUGUGGCAUUUUUUAACUCUGUAUGGACAAUCUUUCUGUGGUCGGCCCCUUUCGAACUGAAAACUUAUCAGACAUUGAAGAUAAAAAGUGUUCUGUGGUUUUCAUUUGGUGACAAAUACAAUAACUGAACACAUCAAAGGAGACAGAAUGUCACAGUGUGUCUGUGGCUUUGUAAUAAAAGUUGCAGAAAAAAAGGAAUAAAAGCCUGGAGUUGUGUUAAUA